AUGUCUGUAUCGGCUUAUGAUUCGCGAAUCUUUCGUAACCUCUUUGGAACAGCUGAAAUUCGUGAUACAUUCUCGGACGAUGCCUACAUCAAUCGUAUGAUCGAAGUUGAGGCAGCAUUAUCUCGCGCCCAGUCGAAAUGUGGCAUAAUUCCGUCUAAAGCCGCCGCAGCAAUCACUGAAGCGUUCAGUAAUAUUACUUUAGAUUUUGAGAGACUUGCCCAUGACACAGACAUCGUGGGCUAUCCCGUGUUGCCAUUGGUAGAGCAGCUGAUUACACACCUACCCUCAGAUGUAGCCAAGUACGUACACUGGGGCGCCACGACACAAGAUAUCAUGGACAAUGCGUCUAUUCUACAGAUUAAAGCCGGGUUGAGCAUCAUAAAGCGAGAAUUGCAAGAUCUGAUCACUACUCUCGAAAAGCUCUCUGUAAAAUAUCGUGAUACACCAAUGGCCGGCCGCACACAUCUUCAACAUGCACUCCCUUGUACUUUUGGUUACAAGUGUGCAGUCUAUCUUUCCUCAAUAUUGCGACACGCCGAACGUCUCCAUGACAUCGAACUUCGGUGUCUUUUUGUUCAGUUUGGCGGUGCAGCCGGCACACUUGCCUCUCUCGGCAAUGACGACUCAGGCAUCAGAGUGCGAGCUGCCCUGGCCGAGGAACUCGGACUGAUUGAUCCGCCUAUCACCUGGCAUGUAGUGCGCGACAAUAUUGCCGAAAUCCUCAACUUUCUCGCACUAGUUGGGGGUUCGCUCGGGAAGAUUGCCCUCGACAUCAUCGUCAUGUCCUCGAAUGAACUGGGCGAGGUGUCAGAGCCUUUUGUACCACACCGAGGCGCGUCAUCAACAAUGCCGCAGAAGCGAAACCCCAUCUCUAGCGAGGUCAUUCUUGCGGCGUCAAAGCUCCUCCGUGCCAAUGCUGGCCUGGGAUUGGAUGCCAUGGUCGUCGAUUUCGAGCGGGCCAGUGGACCGUGGCAUCUUGAAUGGGUUGCUUUGCCGGAAGCGUUUGUCCUGGCUGCCGGGGCGCUGCACCAGACAAACUUCGCUUUGGGUGGGCUUGUGGUCAAUACACAAUCGAUGAUGGACAAUCUUUGUUCGACACGGGGUUUGAUCGUCGGAGAAGCUGUGAUGAUGGGAUUGGCCCCAUUCAUCGGAAGGCAAUCGGCCCAUGAUGUGGUCUAUGAGGCGUGUAAGGAAUCUAUUGAGGGAAAAUCGCCACUCUUGGAUGUCCUCAAAUCCAGGAGCCACAUCAUUGAAAAGAUUGGCGAGGAAAAAUUGGCAUCCCUUUGCGACCCAAAGAAUUAUUUCGGUGCAAGCCAGUUGAUGGUAGACAACAUGGUUCAAGUGUCCAAUAAUCGGAAUCCACUCCUUACCGAUAAAUCAAGCCAGCAAUAA